AAGUGAUGCUGCUGAUGCAGGUACAGAGAUCCCGAGUAGAGGGCGGUACUUUUAACUCUUUUAUUCCCUCCCCUCCCUUCCGCGCUCCUUAACUUCUCGUGAGACCCUUGUCAUUUGCCAUUAAUCAUUGUUUCUUUCCUCCAAAAAGUGCAUUUUUAGGAGCGGGGCCACCGACCUAACCACUCUUUGAAAGUAGCCGGAGCUAAUCCAAUCUUCCUCAAUUGACGCCCUGAGAGCACCGCGCCUGCAGUUCAAUGACACCUCCAGCCGGUCAAAUCGAUAGUACCGACGUUUGUGCCCCCCUUUUUUGUUGAAUCCUUGUAAUUGCAUCGACUAGAAGACACCAGUGCAUCCGUGAAUAAUUAACCUGGAUGAUCCGAACCAAACGAAGACCGCAAGGAAGGAUCUGACGCGAACAUGAAGCUCAUUUGCCAUGUCUAAGACAGCGGUGAAGAAGCUGCACUGGCGUUCCAAGGUGCAGGACAGCUUCGUCCCUUUGCUGGGCUCGUCGGGGGAGCUGGGCAUCGCCGUUGGUGGAGGAGCAGAUUAUGGAGAGUUUCCUUUUGUCACAUCGGCUCCGGGGGGCGGCCUCACAGUGGGUUAUAUCAUCCUAGAGAUCGGGGGAACACCGGUAUUGGGAAUGACAUUAGGAGACGUCCGCGGCAUCCUCAACUCUUGCCCUCAUCCUAUCCGUAUCAAAACUGUGUCUCCAGGCUCCACAUUGUGCAAGGAUCUCAGGUUGUAUCUGAGUAAAUGCUUCACACCCGGUUCGGUGGACAGCCAGCUUCAGCAGGUCAUUAGAGAGAACCUUUACCUCCGCGCUGUGCCCUGUACAACAAGACAACCCAGAGAGGGGGAAAUCUCAGGGGUAGACUACAACUUUGUGUCCAUUGAGGAGUUUUUCUCCUUGGAGGAGUCGGGAGCGUUGCUGGAGAGUGGAAAGUUCAAAGGGAAUUACUACGGCACACCGCGGCCCGUUCACAUCAGUGCAGAGAGCCCCCCCAUCACGUACCAGGAACACCGCAACCUGCUCAGAAACUUCCGCACACGCAGCAAAUCGCUCAGCAACCUGGAGAAGACUGCAGAGGACGGCAUAAACGGCGAGGACGACUCAGGCCUGUCAGGAGGCUCUGCAGGUGUCAGCAGCAGCAUCCCUCUUGGCCACCGGUCCCCCGGUCGGCCCCGGGCGUCCAGCAGCGGUGGUGAUGGUCAUGGCAUGGAGAACGGGAUCAUCUGCAGAAGAAGUGGUGCCAGAGUGAGAGGUGUGAUGCCUGAUCACUGGGAGCAGGCCUUCAGUGACCCAGGAGAGUCACUUUACAUAGAACGCAGCCCAAAGAGGACCAGCUGGCAGAGUCCUCGAGCCUCAAGCAGGGAGACCAUCUACAAAAAUGAAUGGUUCACUGACCAGCCUGCGGAGCUCAGGGGUUUUCCUGUGCACACACACUUGACCAAGGGCUCCAGAGGCUUUGGUUUCAACAUUGUGGGGGGCAGCAGGCCAAGAGAGUUCCUCCAGGUCUACAGUGUGACUGCUAGUGGACCCUCUGCCCUCAAGACAGCGGACAUCCUGGUGUACAUCAACGAUGUUUGUGUGCUCGGAGUGUCUCACAAAGAGGUCGUAGAGAUGCUCAAGUCAGUGCCUGUGGGCCACAGUGUGGAUGUAGAAGUUAGAAGAGGGUAUCCGAUGCUCUACAACCCCGACGGAUGUCCCAAGCAGCCUCCGCCAAGGUUACUGGACAGCGGGGACCCCAUCCUACCACCCACCACCACCCAGCCUCAGCCUUUUCACCAGCUACCUCGCCUCCCAACACCCACACCCCAGACCCAGCACUUUAACUUUAACGGCUUCCACAGUGACGGGAGCUACAUGGAGCCCGGGAUGGCUCUAGACGCCAAUGGAAACGCCAUGUCUUUGGCCUCCAGACCGCUGCCCCCCUACAGGCGCUCUAGUUUGAGCAACGCUGCCUCUUCCCCUCCUGUUCGUCCGCCUCGUUCCAUCAGAAGUUUAGCCAGACUGCAAUCACUCGACCCAACGCUGGCCAGCCAGAGCGACAGUGAGGUUGUUUCAGCCAUUGGUUCACACAGGGCAUCAAUGAUCCGCAAUCACAACAAUAACUCCCUCUCGACGCCGCCUCAUCCUCUACGGUACGGCACAUCCAAGUCGUCAGAGAGUGACCUGUCCACAUGCACCUUGUCGGGGUCUCGGCUGCCCCUCCCUCAGUCGCCACGGAGGCCCUCGUCUUCCCCCGGCGGCCCUCGCAGCCUCCACUCCCACCUGUUCAGGCCACAGACCUCACACCUCCGACCUCCGCCCACCCCAGACAGCCCCCACCACCGGGGUUUCAACGGUUUCCAUGGCAACACCAGCCCCACUGCCAGUCCCAGCAGUGUGUCCUCUCCCGGGGCCAUGAGUCUGGGCAGUGGAGUUGGCAGUUUCAGCGGUGGAGAGCUGGUGCCGGUGGCCUUGGCCCAGGCUGAAGGAGACAGAGGCCUCGGCUUCAGCGUGACGGCUGGAGGGCCUGGAGGCAGGAUGACUGUGGUGAAGAGAGUCUGGGACAGGAAGCAGUGCAACUCCCUGCAGCCAGGGGAUGCUAUUGUCAAAAUCAAUGGAGCUGAUGUCCAGAGUCUCAGUUUUGCACAGGUACAAAUAGUUUUGCAGGAACACACCAACCAGGGAGAAGUCGUUUUACUGGUUUACAGAGGAGGCAUUUAUCAUUCAACCGUUUCCCCCGGCUCUAUUCGAAGACUCCCUCCACCUCUGCUCCGUCCUCCUCCUCCACCUGUUGGCUCAGAUACCUCCUCUCUGCUCCCAGAAGUUCUGCCGAUGCCCCGCACCUCCAUCAGCACCCCUCCCUCCCCAGCCCCGGCACGAUCCUCUCUGAUCCAGAGCACCAGUUUCCUGGAGUCCAUCCCAGUAACCCUGACCAUGGAGCCCAAAGACUGGAUGAACACGGGCCUGGAGGACGAGGCCGGCGGCGUCCCGAUGCCGGACACAGGUCUAGAGAAGCAGAGCGGCGAACGAACUCGACCACUUCGAGGGUUUGAUGUGGAGCUGAGGAGGAAGCCAGGAGAGGGCUUUGGGUUCGUCAUCGCCUCUCAGGAUGUGGAGAACGGCAAAGCUGCCUCUCUUCUUCCCCACCGGUUUGUGACGGUCCGUCGAGGCAGUCCGGCAGCUAAGAGCGGUCAGAUCCGGCCUGGAGAUCGUUUGGAGGCGGUGGAGGGACGAUCAGUGGUGACUCUGCCUCAUAGGGAGCUCGCUCAGAUACUUCGCAGAGCUGGAAAUACUCUCCGCCUCACUAUUGUCCCCCGACCCAGCACCUACUCUUCAACCCUUGCAGAAACAUCUGACUAUGACCCCGCUCACCGAGGCAGGAAGGGUCAAAGGUCACGUCCAAAGCGUGACUCCAGGUACUACAGUGUCGAUCUGGAUCGUGGCCCCUCAGGCUUCGGCUUCAGCCUCCGAGGGGGAAGUGAGUACAACAUGGGCCUCUAUGUGCUGGGAUUGAUGGAGGGGGGGCCCGCCUCACGGAGCCAAAAAAUGCAGGUGAGCGAUCAGCUGGUGGAGAUCAACGGGGACAGUACGGCAGGUAUGACCCACAGUCAGGCUGUGGAGCAGAUCCGCAGAGGAGGCCAUCGCAUCCACCUGGUGCUCAAGAGAGGAAACGGCUACGUGCCUGACUACGGCCGUGAGCACCGAAUCACCUCCCCCUCCCUCCUGCAUCACCCCAAGGAGCAGGGUUUGGCUGCAGUAGACUCCGCUGGAAGGAGGGGGCGCACUUCCAAGAAGAAGAGAAGCAAGUCGCAGGGAGACGAGAGAGGGACGGAAAGGAGGGGAAGAAGAAGACGGGGCUCAGAGGGAGGAGAGCGCUCGGCUUUACAAAGCCCCAUCUCUGGGCGGAGAGGAAGGUCUCUGGAAGGCAGGGAUGGGAGGAAGAGGAGGAGAAAAGGGGAGACUCAGAGUUUACCCAGAGAUGCCCUAAGGAAAUAUGAUGAUAGUGAUACAGAAAAAGGGACAGUGAAGGGAAGGAGAAGAGGGAAACACAGAGGGAGGGGCAGAGAGAGGAAAAGUAGGAGUAAAGAAAGGGUGAGGGUGGCAAAGGGUGAGGAGUCUGAGCAGGAAGAGGAGGAGCAAAUAGUACCUGCUGCUGAAGAGGAGGUGGAGGAAAGAGUGGAAGAAAGGGUGGAGGAAGUGGAAAUAGCAGAUUUAGAGGGAGAAGAGAGUGAUGACGAAGUUUUCCUGCCCAUUCCAAGCCCUAACCAAAAGCUUCCCAGUCCCAAACAGAACUGGGAGGAGGAUGAGGAGGAGGAGGAAAACUGGUACAUUGCAGCAGAGUACAGGGAGCUGAGGACAGAACAGGAGCAGGAGAGGUCAUGGGAUGAUGACGGGGGGGAAAAUAAAGACUCAGAGAUGCAUGAGGAUGAAAAAGAUGACGAUGCGCAGAGCGGGCAACAGGAGAGGUCAUUGCCGGGCGUUGCUGUGGUCGAUCCGGUGUCACAGAGAAAGCCCUUCUCCUUCCUCACCUCCACACUGUCCGUACAGCAGCUGGGGGAUGAUGAUGAUGAUGAUGGCGAUGAUGGUGAUGAGUCAGAGUCUGGAGGCAGCCAAUCUGACAGCAGCGUGUCUGCUGCCAGCAUCUCAGGCCUCUCUCUGGCUGCCACAGAGGCAGGCGGGCGCAGGGCAACGGUGCUGCCAGGCCCUUGGCUCCCACCCAGGCAGCAGAGGAGCGUUCAGGCCGUGGAGGAGACCAGACGGGCCGGAAGGCGGACGGGACGGAGGGGAGGAAGAAGAGCUGUCCCUUGACUUCUAUCAUGCAGCGGCUGAAUGAUACCAGAUCCGAUCCUGUCAGUUCCACACUGUUAGACCUGUUUUCUGCAGCUACCCGCACUACGACUACCAACAUUUUCACUGAUUCACUUUGAUACCUACAGUAGUAUGAAGUCAUAUUCUUCGUGCCUUUUUACAGCUGAUCUCUGGCUGAUGUUAAAUGUCAGUAUCGCAUUUUAACUCCCAAAUGAUAGCAAAGGUUAUCUCUCCCCCCAACACUGUCAUUAUUUUUCUUCCAAAGCACCUCCUGAGCUUCUCCUGAUUUUACAUUUGCGGCAUGUGUGAUGGUUGUUUCCAGGACAACAAGGCUUGUUACCUUCAUUCAACCUACUUCCUUGCUCUCACUCACUUUGUAGCACCCAUUAAACCCACCACUUAAGAAUAGACAUCAGAUUUUACCUCAUGAAGAUACUGAGCAAUAAUAAUGCAACUGUCCGAGACUAUCAGCCAUCCGUAGUUACCGCACCAGGUCGAGCUGGUCUGAGAGGAAUCAGUGUAACAUGUUUGUACAGCAUCCUCUUUGUCUUAUGUGGACACUUGCCUCAACUUGUCACGUCGUUCCAUGCAACUGGCUAUUUGAUUGUGAUGUUGCAAAUCCCUUUUGAAAGCAGGUGUGAAAUCUAUAUAUUCUGUAAAUAUUUGUAGAGAAAAUUAGAUUGUAAAUACUAUAAUAAAUGGAGCCCUGAUUUGUAUUACUGUAUUGUAAUAUAGCAUAAUAGGUCUAAAUAUUUGAAUAUAUGCAGUAUAUCUCUAUAUUACCGACAAACAGCUAACCGUUCAUAUUAUUUAUUAAAGUGUGAUGACAGAUUACGUGGUACCUAGCUUUUGUGAAGGCUCGAAAUGUAAACACAGCCUAUAUUGUACCAUCCCUAUUUAUACAUGAAUGUUUUGUAAUAUGCUGCUUGAGUGUGGAUUAGGAUGAUCUGUGUCGUACCCUACUUCAGAAGUAAGCAAAAGAUGCCAAAAAUAUGCAUCUGGCAGUGUGCAUAUUUCAAGUACUGUUAAUGUUGUGUAUGUGGGGUCAGAACAAAAACCACUAUCUAGAUUCUAGAGAGUGCUGUGCCCAUCGUGCCACGUACAGUUGCCUUGGUAACAUAAACCACUUUAUCCUAACCACUGAUUUUUCUUACUGUGAAAACCUUUGUUCAGAGGUCUCUAAUGCUAAACGUCGGUGGGCCGUUUAGUAAUUGCAGUCAUGCCAAAAAAACAAUUUACUGUAAAAGUCCACAAGAAGGAAUUUCUCCACAAUCUGAGAUGGCAAAAUAAAAUAGCACAUUGUUUUUUCUUUUGCUCUUUUUUUAAAAAUUCUGUUAUGGAUAAAAAAACAAACAAACAAAAAAACAGGAAUCAAGCUGAAUGGAUACUGUGAGAUGUUAUUUUUCUAUGAGAUCUAUCUUUUUUGAUAUACUCAGGUUUUCAGAUACUUUGCUCUCUAGAAAAGCCAUUAGGAAGAAAAAGCUACAGAGUGACUUCACAGCAUUUUCCCAACACACACGACUGGAUUCCUUUGAUUUGAAAGUUAAAGCAAUAUUCUGUUGACUCUCUGUGGAGGCAUUUGGAGACGCAGACUGUUAUUUGUUACCAGUCCAGAACCAUCUAAAGGUUGAUGCUGUAAGUGAAGUCAUUCCUUCAUUUGUAACAACAGCAACUGAAACAAACUGCUUGGUGUGAUCCGUCCAUUCGUUUGUGGUGCUGUGGCGAAGCAAACACACUGAACUCUCCAGCCAAUGACCAUACAUACACUGUAGCUUGGUAGCCUAUAUAUAAGACUUAUUUUAUAACGUUUGCUAAUAUUCUUUUUUUAAAUCUUUCAUUUCCUAUGGGGGAUUGUAUGGCUGAACUGUAAACACAUUCUCAUAAAACUGCAAAUAAACUGCUGAACCAAUUUCCUCAUGUCA